AUGCAUGUUUCAACACCUAUGCCAUCAAAGAAUGGAUUCAGUGGCGUUGCGGUUAGCUCAACUACGCCUGCUAGCAACAAUGCCCACGACUCUGAGUCCGAGUACAAGAUCAAGGAGUCUCUGAUGGGUGAAAAGCGACGCAUCAAAGUUAUUUUCAUGGGUAUGGGAGCCGCCGGCAUCGACUUUUCCCGCUCAAUACAGACACACACGCAGAAUAUCGACCUUACCGUCUAUGAGAAGAACCCGGACAUUGGAGGGACUUGCUGGCAGAGGAAGCCGGACUGGUCCCAGUACUACUCUAGCUCGAAGGAAAUCUGGGAGUAUAUGAAGAACGUCUCGAUAAGCAACAACCUUGAGCAGCAUGUCAAAUUCAACCAUAAAAUUAUCGGCGCAGAGUGGCUUGACGAUCAAGGACAGUGGAAAGUCUCCAUUAUGCGCCUUGAAGACUCAACAGUGGUCCACGACUAUUGUCAGUUCUUUAUCAAUGGGGGUCAUCUUAACAGCUGGAAAUGGCCAGAAAUCCAGGGCCUCCAUGACUUCCGCGGCCCGAAGGCUCAUAGCGCACAGUGGGAUGAUUCGAUCGACCUAAAGGAUAAGAGGGUACUUAUUAUUGGUGCCGGUAGUUCAGCUGUGCAAAUUGCUCCAACUAUCAUCGACCAAGUCAAAUCGCUCGAUAUUGUCAUUCGUUCACCGACGUGGAUAACCGCGGGAUUUGCACCGAAGUACGCCGGACCUGACGGAAACAACUUUCUUUACUCUGAAGAAACCAAGGCCCGGUUUAGAGAAGAUCCACGAUUCUACCUAUCUUAUUGCAAGGCCAUUGAAUCCGAGUUAAGCACCCGAUUUCGUCUAGUUGUGAACGGAUCUGAGGAGGCAAAGGAGGCAAAAGAGUUUUCAGAGAGGGAGAUGAUCCGAAAGCUCUCCGGCAAGCCAGAGCUUGUAGAUGCCAUCACGCCCAAGGAUUUUGGCGUCGGCUGCAGGCGUCCGACUCCUGGUAAUGGGUUCCUCGAGAGCCUAUGCCAUAAGAAGACGAAUGUAUUAACCAAAGAGCUCAGGAUGGUUACGCACAGUGGAUUUGUGACUGCUGAAGGCCAACACAAGGAGACCGAUCUCAUUAUUUGCGCCACGGGUUUCGAUACAUCAUUUAGACCGUUCUUCCCCCUGUAUGCGCAUGGCAGGAAUGUUCAGGACGACUUCAAUUCUGGCGAUACCGUUGGCUACCUUGGCCUCAAUCUUCCACAGGUUCCCAACUAUUUCAUGUAUAGCGCACCCUACGGACCUCUGGGCCACGGUUCAGCCAUCCCAAUGAUUGAGGCUUUUACGAAGUACAUCUUGCAGAUCAUUGAGAAGGUGCAAUUAGAAGAUAUCAAAAGGAUUCAAGUCAAGCGCUCGGCGGCAGAGGAUUUCACCAAGCAUGCCGACAUGUUUUUGACGCGCACCGCCUGGACAGGGCCGUGUAGUUCCUGGUUUAAAGCGGGCGAUCAGACUAGAAAGCCGACCUUAUGGCCAGGCUCUCGCUUACAUUAUCUCACCGCUCUCCAAAGUCCAAGGUUCGAGGACUAUGAGUUCGAUUAUCUAUCUAGCAACAUCUUCAACUAUCUAGGAAAUGGAUUCCAUGUUAGGGAGUACGACGGGCAUGAUUUGACAUGGUAUUAUGGCCUGUUAGACGGAAAGGAUGAACAGCCAAAACAGUCACCAGAACCAGUCUACUAG